AUGGCGCAUCCGCCCCCGCGGAACUGGGCCAUGGCGCCGCCGUACCACUACCACGGGACGUCGCAGCAGGAGCAGGCGGCGCCAGCCGCGGAGGACGAGAGCGGAGCCGGGUCCGGAGGGCAGGAGGCAGAGUCGAGGUCACUCCGGAUCCGCGAACUUUUCCCCUGGAUGGACGAGGACUACCUGCGCAGCUGCUUCACCCGCUCGCCGGAGCGGAGCCGGGUCUGGAUGGUUUGCGAUUAUUGUUUUUUAUCUACAGAUGUGAAACGUAUUGUGCUGGCAAAUUUUCGUACACAAGGGACAUAUUCUGAUUCUAACCAGAACAAUAGCAGACUUUUUGUUGGUCAACUUGAUUCAUGUGUGACUGAUGAGGAUCUAGAUAAAGCCUUCAGUCCUUUUGGAGAGCUUACUGUCAAGGUAAUAGAGGGGAAGAACUAUGGCUUCGUCACAUAUUCGAGCAGGGCAUCAGCUGUGGAGGCCAUGACAAUUCUAAAUGGAAGCCAGCUGGGAGAUAAUAUCAUAACAGUUAACUGGGCUCGUCCUACUCCUAAGAAGCAGGAUCAAUGGAAUGGUGUGGACUAUGGACACCCCCAAAGCUCUGGUCCUGGCUAUGGUUGCUGUCCCGAGGAUCCUAACAUUCUUGGUUACACAGGCCAUCCUGGAUAUGCAUAUCACCAACAGCAGCAGCCACAGCAGACCUCAGUACAGUGAGGACGCCAGAGCAGGAAACGUCUCAGUCGCAGGGUGCUGCGGGAUUCUUGUGACAUACAACUCAGGAGGACUUUUGCUGGAAAUAACCGUAUUAGUUACUCAAGAUGCCUGGAACGACAUUUUUUGCGGCAAGUUUAUUUCUCUGGGAAAUAGUUGUCCGUGUUGCUGCUGUGUUUCUCAUUUUGUUGUGCACCAUCACACAAAUUCCCUGAGAUGCCUGGAACAACUUUUUUGGAGGAGAGAAUUUUCGGGAAUAUCUGUCUGUGUUUCUCCCUUUGUUGUGCACUGUCACGUGAUGCCUGGAACAACAGUUUUGGUGGAGAGAUUAAUUCUUUUGGAAAUAGCUGUUUGUUUUGCUUCCAUGUCUCCUUUAAUUGCGCACCCAGAGAUGUGCCCAAGUUCCCUGAGAUGGGUGGAAUAUAAGGUUUUGGUGAAAAAAACAGAGAUAAGCCGUUUUGUAGCUUUGGUCGAAGAGUUGUGUUGCCUGUAGUAUCAUAAAAAAACGAGUUAUGUUGCCUGAA